GGUGAUGGAUGAGGCUGAUAGAAUUUUAAACAUGGACUUUGAAAAAGAAGUAAGACCUUGAAUCAUACAUUCCUCAAUCAUGAUUAUUACUUGUGCCAUGAUUAUGAUUAUGAUCAUUACUUGUGUAAGUAAUCAAUCAUACCAAAUAACAGUAACUCCAAAUAACAUUUUGAUUUUUUAAUCGACGUUUCGACUAGUUUAUAGUCAUCCUCAGGAAUAAUCCUGACUACAAACUAGCUCGAAACGUCGAUUAAAAAAUCAAAAUGUUAUUCAGAGUUACUGUUAUUUUGUAUAUUACUUGUGUCAUUCAUUGUUAUUAUUGUUAAUCAUUAAAUAACAAGGUAACGUGCCUUAGGGUAGUGCUGUUCACCAGAAGCCAGGGCUUUGGUGUUUUUUGGUCAGCUGGAGCCAGAGUUGCAAUGCUUUUUCAGCUUGGACUGGAAACAUUGUCCAGUACGAAAAGAUAAUUGUCUGGCACAGCUGGUUUUUUGCCAGACAGUUUUUCAGGCAGCAUAUUAAUGCAACUACAACUGGUAUUAAAACUUCAUUAUAAUAUUUCAUUAUAAUAUUUCAAAGUAUUUGCAUUCUGCAUUUAAGAAUUAUGUGUACAGUAUGUCCAAAUUUCAUCGUGUUUGAAUUACUCUGUACGUUUAGGUAGACAAAUUGCUUAAAGUCAUUCCAAAAGAAAGAAGAACGUAUCUUUUCUCUGCAACUAUGACAAAGAAAGUGAGUGUGUAUAUUUACAAAUACUUGUAAAUUUUUAUACAAAUGCUAUAAAUCCUCAUAAAACAUAAUUUUUAUGCAGCAUAAAUCCUCAUAAAACAUAAUUUUCAUCAGGUGAAGAAACUUCAACGUGCAUCAUUACAAGACCCUGUCAAAGUGGAAGUUUCAACAAAGUAAGUAUAGAGUACUCAAUCUUAUUUCAUCAUUUCUCAUUAUAUGAUCUUGGUCAAAGAUCGUUUUACUAUACAGAAUAUUAACAUUGAUUUGGAAUUCCCUACCACCUGAACAAAAAACUGUGAAACAGUAAAAACAUUUAACCAUCUUCUUAGAGGAAGACUUUUACAAAUGACUGACUUUAAGUAAUUCUUGUGCACAUGCAUCGGAUAUAAUAUCCGGCUGGAUAGUGAGAUAAACUCAAUAUCCGGUUGGAUACUUGUAAUAUCUGGCCGGAUACCGGAUAUUAUUUAUAUACGGUUUAGGCCUCAAAAUUGUUAAAAAGGUAUGGAUGCCUGCACUAUUUUUACUUGAGAUGAUGAGAGAGAAGCUGGCAGUAUAGUUACAUGUGGAUUUUACCUUCGAAAUUUGUGGGCAAGACUUUUGGAACUACAGUAUGCAAGUUUAUCAUAAAGUUCCUUCUUUGGAUCUGGUCCAAUGGGAGGGGCGGUGGGUGAGAAAAAGGGGGCAGCUUCAACUAUGUUUGCCUCAUUUGGGGGGCGGCCUCUAACUGAAAAAUGUGUGACAAGGGGCGACCCCAAUUUUUUAAUGUUGAAAGCAUAUUAUACUAUAAAAAAGUUAAUAACUAUAAUUAUGUUAUAUUCUAUUAGUCUGUCUUAUGGAGGAACUAAUUUUAAUGUUAAAUAUAAAACAAUGCAAAAAUUUCACCAUUCAAAGGAUACCUUUUGGUAUAAUUUUAUAGUAACUGAUUUGUUAAAAAUAGAACCUUUGUAAUGAGCCAAAUGUUGUGGGGGGUUUCCUAAAUUUUCUAGAUGUAGGUGGGUGCAUCUUGAAAAUAAAUUUCUUUUGAUUGGAGCGGCUCUAAAAGAGUUCAAUAUUUGAUAUUUAUCAUCCAUCGACCCGCCCCCCUCCCAUUAUUAUUUCAAGUCAAAAUAUUAUACACUUCAUAACCAAUUAAAAUCAUUACUUUGCUUUACUUUAAAUGAAAUCCGAACCCUUAUAUAAAAAAUAUGAAGUAUCUGGCAGGUCAGGCAGGAUAAUACUCGGCUUGAUGCUUUUCAACUAUCUGGCAUGUCUGACAUACCUUGUAUCUGGCCAGAUACCAAAAAGCUUUAUCUGGUGCACCCUUUUUUGUGUUGUGCACGUUAAUAUUUUGCUGAAAAGCCUCGCAAGGGGACAUGAAAUAAAUAAAUUAUUCAGGGAUGGAUCCAGCAUGAUCUGGUGGGGGGGGGGCUCUGCCAGCUCUGGUGCCGAGAUGUGUUGGUCAUGUGUGUCGCUCGCCCAUCAACUUGCUUCACUAUUGCAAAACCUUGCUUGACUACAGUAUUUGAAUUGUAAUUGUUGUUCCCAGUUCGCUUAUCAUCAUAUUAUUACUCAAAUUACUGUAUGUCAUUUUGUCUCUAAUAAUUUUUUGCUUUAUCAUGAAAAAUAGCCCCCCCCCCCCCCUGCACCCCCUCUGGCCAGGGAUAGGGGGUGCCCCCCUGCACCCUUCCCCCAGUAAAUUCACCCUGAAAUUAUUCAUUUUGUGUAUGUUAUAUUGGUGUUUUUAUUUUUUCAGAUAUACAACUGUAGAAAAACUCGUUCAGAGUUACAUAUUCAUACCAAGUAAAUACAAGGUUUGUAUAUGUGUGAAAGUCCACACAUUGGCACUCAAACUACAGUAGUGCAACAUGUUGGUCUAACAUUACGUUUGGUAAUUGUGGAUAUCACAAAAACCGUAUUUUAUAAUUGUUUUGUAUUAUGUGAAAUGCCUCGUUCACAAUAAUUACUUCAACAUAAUCAGGGGUUUUUUCAGGGAUUUUUUAGGGCUGUAAAACGGCCCCAAAAACUCAAUCUUGAAUUGAGUUUUGAAACUCAAUCUUCUCACCAAAGUUUCAGUGCAGUAAAAAUGAAGUUGUUUGAGUUAAAUUCGUGACGUGUGGAAAUUAGUUUUCAGUUGAAAACCCGACAAUUAAGAAAAAAUGACUGGAAUUCAUCUCACAACACAAGAAAAACUAUCCAUUCGCCAUCUUUACUUUAACCAGUUUAUAGUGUCCCUUAGUGCCCCUGCUUUAACACAUUGCGUCUCAACUACAUCUAUUGAAGGGUGGAGGGGGGGAUGCAGCCUCCUCAACUGUUUAGCUAAACUCAAUCUUUUCUGCAAAAAUGGACCCAAGAGAAAAUCCGGAAAAAAACCCUGACAUUCUCUGAAAACAGACCCUUAACAUGUUGUACUGAAAUUCACGUCGGUACUGUUUGAAUGAGUUUCUGAACAACUUGAUAUAUUUUUCUUAGGAUUGCUAUCUUGUCAGUAUCUUAAAUGAUCUCGCCGGAAAUUCCUUCAUGGUUUUUUGCGGUACAUGUAAUAAUGUGCAAAGGUACAGUGAAGUAUAUUUUGAAACACGUAUAAGUGUUGUUGUUUGUGAUGUUACUCUGAGUGUAUAUUCACACCGGGCAAGCUUGAAAUAUGCCUGGCCACGGUGGGAAUCGAACCUACGACCUUUUGAAUACUAGCCCAACUCUACCAACACAACACAAAAAAUCAUUGUUACUAGAUUGCAUUUGAUAUCGAAGGAACUAGACUCAGUUCCGAAAUAUCACGUACUCAAACUGACCUGAUCGCAUAGCUGAGGUGGCAGAGCAGUGGGCUAGUAUUCCAAAAGUCGUAGUUUCGAUUCCCACCGUGGUCAGGCAUAUUUUUCAAGCCUUCCUGGUGUGGAUAUGCACUCAGAGUAACACCACAAACAUCAUAUUCACCUGAGUACAUAACACCAACACAACACAAAAAAAUCACGUAUAAGUGUGUACCGUGUAAUUUUAAAUGCACACUUGUUUGUUUCUAGAACGACCUUACUUCUUCGAAACCUUGGCCUACACGCUGUUCCAUUACAUGGACAAAUGAGCCAGGUGUGUUAUAUUAACAUUGUUGUUGUUGUUGUUGUUCUAGUUGUUGUUUUUGUUGUUGUUAUGGUAGUUGUUGUUGUUGCAGUUUUUGUAGUUGUUGUUCUAGUUGUUGUUGUAGUUUUUGUAAUUGUUUUUGUUAUUGUUCUAGUUGUUGUAGUUUUUCUAGUUGUAAUUGUUGUUGUUAUAUUUGUUGUCGAUUCUUCCUUUUCUAUGUUUUGUCGUUAUUCUUAUUGUUGUGUAUAAUACUUUUGUUGCUGAAAUCGUUAUUGUUUUUGUUGGUUGUUGGUGGUGCUGUUGUUGCUGUUAUUGUGUUAUUGCUGCUGUUGUAACUGUUGUUACUGUUCUCUAACUUUUGUUUAUAAUGCAGUAUAUAUCUUUUGUUUUAGUCUAAACGUCUUGGUACAUUAAACAAGUUCAAAUCAAAGUCUCGAUCAAUCUUGGUCGCUACUGACGUGGCUAGUCGUGGUUUAGACAUUCCUCAUGUUGAUGUUGUUAUUAACUUCGACAUACCCACACAUUCGAAGGUUUGUGCACAGGAAAAACUUCAUGCAUUCUCACUGUAGAAUUUUUCUUUUACAUUGUAACAAACAGCUCAUUAUUUAUAUCAGAAGUUGAACAUGCAGUAAAAUGCAAUUCAAUUCACUCGAUCUUGAACUUACGAGAAGUCGAUUAUGGGGAAAUACUACAUUUUAUCAUCCUUGCCGAACUAAUUUUUUCCCCUCCAAACCAGACAUGUACUGGAAAAUUUGCACUUCGAUAAAGUAUAGAAAUAUUAUAGAAAUGCAUGACCUAAAAAAAUUUGGAAAUUCAAUUUGCAAAGUUCUGUCCACUUCAUUACUAUGGAAAUUUUCCAGAAAAAACGUGGACGUUUUUUAGAAAACCCUUAAAACCAAAGUAUGUAUUAAAUAGUUCAAUUUACCCUCAUGAGUUCAAUUUUCAUCAUAACCCCCCUCGCCCCCAGCACCUCACACACACACAAACACGCUUUAUUUACUGAAUCACUUUAUUUUCUAAUUUGUCAGGACUACAUUCACAGAGUAGGACGAACUGCGCGAGCUGGAAGAUCUGGUCGUGCUAUAACAUUUGUCACACAGUAAGUUUUCAUUUAGCUUUUGUGCAGUACAGUAGUUCACUUUUCCCCCUAUCUGGGAAGGAAUGCUAUCAAAGGAAUGCAGUCGUCCGAUGACAAAUAAGGUUGCCUCACUGGUAUUUUAUUGAGCUGCGGGACUGAGCCACAGAAUAGGAAGUUAUACCAGAAGCGUAACUCUAGUCGUUUCCCUUAUUGUUUGACGUCCACGAAAAUUUUUAACUCGCUCACGUCAGGCCACGCCAUCCUGGCUAGUACAGCCGGAAGUUUUUAUCAGGAUUUGGUAGGUACAAAGUGCCGGUUGUACUAGCCAGGAUGGCGUGAUUGAUGACGAAUCGCUUGUAAAAACGCGGACAAAUAUUUGCUCGAGUUACGCUUCUGGUAUAACUUCCUAUUCUGUGACUGAGCUGUGGAACUGAUUUUUUAUUGACGUGCUGAUAUGGUAUAUAUCAUUACACGGGCAUUUAGCCAGGCGGUCGACCAACCAUCAUAUGGAAUGGCCACUCUUUUAUUAUAAAAGAUUGCCUGGGAAAACUUGCAACCAUAGUCUGUCAAGAUAUCAUGGUCUACAUGGAAGCCCGGAAAACUUCAAAGCCCCAAAACACAGACCUUUUAUUUAAUGUUGAACUGUGCCUCACCGUGCACAAAUCCUUUGUCUCAACUUCAUUAAAUAUUAUCCAUGGCUGCACGUUUCAUCUCAGCUAUCCCUAUUGGAUUACUUCAUUAUACGAAAAUACAACGAGUUCAAUCACCGUGACCGUGCAUAAAUUAACAUAAACUCCGAGAAAAACAUCACACAAUGACUUCUGUUUGGUUGCCUUUUGCAAGUCGCAAGUUUUGUGAUAAUUCUUGAAAACCUGAAACGUUUUCAUUUGUGUUUAUUUUAUGGACGCUUUCCAUUUGAUGGCCAGACCGGUCAGAUCCGAAUUCUUCUCUCUGUAUCAAUGGAAAGAUCUGGUCUAUGUUUCUCUAAUAUCUAGCGAAAAUGGACCUCAUUCUAAUGUUAUCUAAAAUUUCCGGUCAGAUAGGUCCAAAGCCCAAAUGUUUUGUAUUUCAUUCAACAAUUUGACCGGUCUGGCUGUGUUAAUGGAAAGCGCCCUAUGUAUUACUUACGUUUCGGUACUUUCUUGUUAAAAGACGUUGGAUUACGAACAUAUGCAUGACUACGUCCACGAAAUUAAGUUGCCACACCCACAGUAUUUGUUAGACGGCAAGUUUUGACUCCCUCACGGGCCUCACUAGAAGCCUGCUAAUCACUAUCUGAUUAUCUUCUUUCACUUUAAUUAACAAACACUGUAGGUUUUAAAGGGGGUUAUAAAGGAUUUCCUUAUUGGACAUGGUUAUACAUGCAGUAGUUAUCCAGUUACAAUAAACAAUCUGUAAUGUUUAUAAAUUUCGUUCCCUGCAGAUACGACGUAGAACUAUAUCAACGUAUCGAGCAGUUGAUUGGGAAAAGAUUACCAAAGUUUGAUGUUGUUGACGAAGAAGUGAUGAUGUUGGUUGAAAGAGUUACUGAAGCGCAAAGGUUUGCGAAAUUGGUGAGUGAUCGAUUUUUGUCAAUAUCGACGUCUUCUUGCAAUCACGAGAAUAUCGCAUUCCAGUCUAUUUUAUUAAGGCCCAUUACUAGAUACCAAGUUUAGAAAUGAAGCUCGAAUUUUCAUAUCUGAAAGACUGUGAGUCCCAUUAAGGUUACAGAACACCUUUGAGUGUUAAUUUUGCCUAAAAUUUUUUUAUUGGUUUCAAUGAAAGCAUUACACUACUGUAGUUCUACUAUCUGACCAAGUUUGAACGAAAAAUGUUGAAAACUCGCAGAGUUAUUUAAUAACAUACAUUUCACUGCAAUAAGAAAAACAUUGAAAAUGUAAUAUUCAAAUUCAAUUUUCUCACGAAAAAUUUUACGGUUAUUACUGAUUUUUAAACGAGUUGUGCUCCUGCAUGUGCGGGUUUUAACCAAUUUUUCUCAAAUUUUCACAGGACAUAGCUAAAUACGUCAGUUUCAAAAUUGUGUUCGGCUUUUUUUUAAUUUUGGAUAUUUUAAAAAUAAAGAGCAAUUCACUCAAACAAUUCAGAAAUAUAUUGCAGUCGUCAAAGAAAUCGCCAUAUCAGCGGAAUGACGAAAUAAACAAAAAUGUCCGAACACAAUUUUUUAGAACAACUAUUUUGCUGUAUAAAAAUGAUAUUUUCAUAAAUAUAACUUAAAAUCAGCAGGAGCACAACUCAAAAGCGUAAAGGUACCGCGAUUUUUAAUUUUCCUGAAUAAUUCUUACAUUAUUUUAUUGUUUGUUAAUUUUUACAACUUUACCAUAUUUUGCAUGCACCGGAGAACAUUUGGUGAAAAUUUGAUGAAAAUCAGACUGAUAUUGAGCGCGCAGUAGCGAUUUUCCGCAAAACGCCAAAAAGGGUUUCCUGUAACCUUAAAAAGGUUUAGCAACAGGCAUGCGAAACUUGGUAUCACUGCUGGUGGGGUGUUUAUUUGUUUAUUUAUUUAUUCGGCUUUGCCAAAUCAACUUAAAAUUACUUGCUAUACACACAAACAUAAACGAUACAUACAUUGACAUGGCUGGGUAUACGCUACAGCUUUCGCCAAUUACAGCGACCUUUCACACAAUACAAGACAAACAAACUUUAAAAUAUCGGGAGUUAAAAGCCGAAUACCCCGCCAAUUUCUCUUAUUACAAAUUUCUGUAUAUUCAAGCUUACUAAAUUCAUACCAUGCAGAAUAUUUAUAUUUUAAUCGUUUUUUAAAUUGUGUGAGCUUGUUUUGCCAGACCAAAAAGGCGUGGCCGAUGUCGUUCCCCAUAGACGAACAUUUCAGUUGCUAAUAAAUAUUCCUUUUCCCCAAAAUCGUGGGGAACCUCCGAACAUAGAAUUUUUCACUAACUUUCGAAAUAAUUUACCGUAAUUCGUAAAAUUUUUCAGUACUAUUUUCGUGAAUUUAUCCAAACUUUUCCUACAACUAUUUCUUUUUCAUUCCGAGACACUCAAAUAUGUACCCGAUGAUUUUUUGGUUGAUAUUAGUCCGAGUGCCCCAAAAAGUGCAAGUUGCAAAAAUGUUAGAGUUCAAUGCAGACGAUUAUUGCAAAUUUCAAAUUUGUAGGAAAUGCGAGAAAUGGAAGAUAAAAGGAAACGCCCUCGUCAAGAUAAUGAUGAAGACAACGAAGUUCAAGUGCCCAGCAAAAAAAACAAAACUGUUUCAAAUAUGAAGAAAAAGAGAAGGAAAUAGAGUGAAAAUAGUAAUGCUUGUGCUCACAGGCAAAGCAAAAGGUACUGUAGUAUCAUGUGGUAUUGAACCCAACUAUUUAAUUUUAUGCUUUUGGUAUACUGUACUUUGUAUUACAUGCGGAAAUUGUUACCAUUUAUUUCCGCAAUACAAACAUAUACAAAAUUUGGAAACUUUGCAAGGCUAUAUUUUCCGAGUUUUACCACAUUUCGGAAACAAAUUUUGCAAUUUUAAUAAGUGUUCUAAGCUGUGGUGUUUGAUUCCCAUCGC